AUGGGCUCUUCUGGAAGAUGGAUGCUCUGGACCCUGUGUGUGUGUUUCACCGCUCUGGAGAAUGUCGCACUCAGGGUGACCAUGAGGGAAUCCAGCCUAAAGGUGGUUCGAGGGGAUUUUGUUGUCCUGCCAUGCUCUUUCUUCACCUCCAGCCCUCUCUCCAGACUCAACGUCAUCUGGACUCUGGCUCCCUUCUCCAGUCCAGAAACCCCAAUACAGGUGAUUGUGUACGACCAUGGACUGGUGAUUGAAGACCCAGCCCUCAUUGGCAGGGUGGGUUUUACAAGUAUUCCCUGGAGUGCAGACAUUGUCCUGAACGACACACGUGUAUCAGAUGCCGGUAUUUACCGCUGCAUGGUCAAUAACCCACCAGAGACGGCGGAUCCCGGCAUAGGAGAACUGGAGCUCAGUGUUCUGGCGCCACCUUCGCUACCUGUGUGCCAGUGGGACGGAGAUGUUGAUAUGGGAGGAAGUGUCACGCUGUCCUGCUCGGUGGCAGAGGGAGUCCCCACUCCAGAGAUCCGCUGGGAUAAACUGAAUCCAGAGGAAAUCGCACUUCCCAUCAACAUGGAGGAUGAUCUGUCCGGCUCCGUCCAAAUCGUCAACGUGUCGUCUCAGACGUCUGGCCUUUAUCGCUGCUCCGCCACCAACAUCCUGGGAACAGAGAACUGCUACGUCAACCUGUCCAUCUACAGCAACCCAGACAGUUCCUCGGGCCUGCUGCAGGGUGUGCUGCUGACCUUGUCCAUGAGCUUGGUGUUGCUGGCGCUGCUGGUGCUCGUGCUGUGGCUCCAUCGCACGGGACAGGAUGGGAGGUGGAGGGAGGGGAAAGAGGAGGAAGAAUGUUACAAUGAGAUACGAUACACUCCCUCUCUAAUGAAGCGCUCGUUUGUUUGAUUUCUUAAAGCUGCAGGAGGUACAUUUUAUAAAAAUCUCAGAGAAAGAUAGUUGAUUGUUGAGUCUCCAGGUGAUCAAAUGCUGAUACUGGCUUAAAAAUAAUUGGUUGAAUCUCAUUCCCAGAUCCCAGUGUCCUUAUUUGACGACCUGGGAAUGAGACUCAACCAUCGUCUGUCUUCGCUCUGAUUGGUUGUUUUCAUUCAGCUUCGGGGGAUUUUUGCAAAAUACCAUUAGGGGCACGAGGAGGGAUUAUCUGUCUCAUGUACUAAAGUCAGGAUAUAGUGAAAGUUUAAGCAAAUACGUGACAGAUAUGAUAAAAAGUUAUUUUUAUAAAGGUUACCUACUGCACUUUAACAUCCAGGAA